UAUAUGAUUAACAAGGUUGCAACUGAUUAUUAUUGUUUCGAUAAAGGCUUUCGUGACUCGUGAGAUCACGAUUAUUUCUCUUCCAUGUCCAUAACCCUCGACGACCGCGACCUCACUUAUGAUGGUUCAUGGUUUCUUGGUGGUGCAGCCCUAUACGAAUAUGAUAACACUACCACGGCGACGGUUACGGCAGGCUCGACGGCCUUGAUCAAUUUUACUGGGAUCAGCAUUAGCGUCUUUGGUACCAUUGGUCCGAGCAAUAUUGGGACUGGAGCCCCAGUCUCAUCAUACCAGAUUGAUAAUCAACCUGCGGUGAUUUUUACAGCUCCUGUCCAAGGAGAUACUCUGUAUCACUACAACUUUUUUACUUCUUCGACGUUGGGCAAUGGUCCACAUCAACUAAUAAUCACCAAUCUCAACCAAUCCAGCUAUCUAUGGCUUGACUAUGUUCAGUAUACCCCUUUGUCAGCGACUUCAUCUAGCUCAUCAUCUAGCUCAUCAUCUACCAAUAGCCAACAACCAAUUACAAUUACAACUUCGUCUCCGUCUACGUCUUCGGGUGCUCCCAAGUCCCAAACUGACCCAUCGUCCUCGUACUCGUCAUGGACACUAGCGGCGGCAUCUAGUUUGUUAUCUCCCAAUACCCAGCAACAAACCACAACGUCGUCUUCGACUGCUCCCGGGACACAAACUGACCCAUCCUCAUCCUCAUCGUCCUCGCCAGUGCCUCAAACUUCAGUGCAAACCACCGAUAAAAAUUAUGUAUCAGUAAUUGGAGGGGUAGUCGGAGGGGUAGUACUGGUUGUGGUCGCGCAAGCGCUGAUUUAUUACCUGCGGAGACGACGCGAUACUCGAGCACUGGUCGAAGAGAGAAACACAGAUGUGGACAAUGCUCAUCGAAACCCAGCUGAAGCUUCAGUAUCUGAAGUUCGCAGCAACGACAAUUUUUCUCUGAUGUCGAGCGCUCCUCUCGUUCGAACCAGCGAUUGGCCCCGUUCAAAACGGUCCCAGUACUCUUCUGUUGUCUCACCGUCUGUCGUGGGCAUUAGGAGCAUGAGUUAUGCCGAGGACUUGGAGGCCGAUACCUUUUUGCCUCGCCAGAUAGUCAGCGAGGAACAAGUUUAUCUACAUGAAGACGGUGGUGUCCGUGUAGCUGGUGGUCGGCUUCGUGAACAGGCGGAGGAUAUUCCUCCUGAGUAUCGAGAGUAUGAUUGAUUUGUGUAACUUGCACAAUGGGGAUGCAUUCACUUUUC